AUGGAAGCUUGUUUUCUGGGCUCAAACAUCUUCACCAAGACUACCGAACUUAUUCCAUUGACAAAAUCCAAGCUCUUUACUGCUCCCAAAAAGACUUCUCUGCUCCAGAGUUACAAGCAUGGCUCUUCAUCUUCCAUAACAUGUUGCCAAUUGGGAUCCUCAUCAUCCAAGGACGAGGAUAUAAACCCCACUCUCUCCGGAGAUUGGAGAUCAUUCAGAGCGAAACUUGUUGCAGCAGAAAAGAUCUCAAGCCCUGGGGAACCCCUGACAUCAUCAGCAUCAACUAAUAUUGAUCCGCCAAAGCUGACAAUAGACGAUAAAUGGGCCCACACAAUCCCUCAGCCUGAAAAAGGUUGCCUACUCAUAGCCACAGAGAAGCUUGACGGCGUGCAUAUCUUUGAGAGGACUGUGAUCCUCAUCCUAGCAACUGGACCUAUCGGUCCAACUGGACUCAUACUAAACCGCCCAUCAUUGAUGUCCAUCAAAGAAACCAAAUCAACGGUUUUGGAUCCAUCAGGCACAUUCUUGGACCAACCCUUGUACUUUGGAGGUCCCUUAGAAGAGGGACUGUUCCUUGUUAACGGACCAAAAGAGGGUGAUGACGACGUUGGUAAAAGUGGGGUGUUUGAUGAGGUGAUGAAAGGUAUGUAUUACGGGACCAAGGAGAGUGUGGGUUGUGUUGCUGAGAUGGUGAAGAGGAAUAUGAUUGGGUUAGAUAACAUUAGAUUCUUCGACGGCUAUUGUGGAUGGGAAAGGGAGCAGCUGCAAGAGGAAAUUCGGGCCGGAUAUUGGACUGUAGCUGCGUGCAGCCAAAGUGUUAUUGAGCUGGAAAAUGUGAAUAGUGGAGGGAUGUGGGAGGACAUUCUUGGGCUGAUGGGCCAGAAAAAAGUUUGGUGAUAUUUGUGCUCUAAAGCUUGAUUAAGUAAAGUAUAACCUACUAAUUUACUAUAUUAUUAUAAGAAAGGAAAAAACAGGAGUGACAUCCUGCAAUAUGUAUAGAUAUGUUAAUGCAGUUGUAUUAAGCUCAUUUUAGUUGAAGUUUAUGUUCUAUUUGGGAGAAAAAGUGAGGUACAAAUGAUGUACUUCCUCCGUUUU